CAUGGUGAUAUUGUCAAGAAGAGAGCUUAUAGACUAUGAGGCGAGCUAUAUAUUCCAUGCAAGGUGGAGGUCAUGGUGCAAUGCACUCUUUCUCGCAACUUUCUUCUCUGUGCAGACUCUAAUACUCUACAACCAACAUCACUGUUGCAAAUUACCUUCCUCGCCAGCAUUCCACUGCACGCUACGCUAACUACAAUGAUCAAGGCACAGAGAAACGAAUGUACAUUCUACAACUGUAUCCAGGGACUGCUGGACAAGAAAGCGGCGAUCCAGACAUACGAGCGUCGCAUUGAACAGGAUCUCCCGGUCAGGGAUGAGGACAGGCCUGUGCCAUUGACCAAGUCAGAAAAAGACCACUUGCUUCGGUCUCACUCAACGGUGCCAGUCCAAGUGAAAAACGUCCUUUUAAAUGUGUUCGUCCAAUUUGAAAGGCGCGAGGAUAGAAGUAUGACUUUCAUCUGCGUCUGUAGAAAGCCAUUCCUGACAAGGGAUAGCCUGAGCAAGCAUUACAAGCGGGUCUGCACCCAUUCCAACAUCCCGACUAAUGUUCCAGGGCUUCAACUUAUUGACAGCACUAAAGUUCUUCCUGAUGAUUUGGAGGUCGUCAAUGCCUCAGGUACAUCUGAUGACGAAGUUAAUGAUGGGGACGACAAAGGCGAUGAGGCGUUUAGCGGCAGUAAUGCACUCAUAUUCAACACUAACGAUAUUUCGGCUACUUCAAUGACAUUUGAUUCAGGAAGAGUGGUUGGUGCAACUAUCCGAGAGUUCAUGCAGAUCUUGGCCAUUGCAAAUUUUCAACAGCAACAAGCACAGCAACAAGCACAGCAACAAGCACAGCAACAAGCACAGCAACAAGCACAGCAAAUGCAAAUCAUGGCGUUUCAAGAGGAACAGCGCAUGCAAACCAUGGCGUUUCAAGAGGAACAACGCACGCUGAUGGCGGCCAUAGAGCAACGGAUCCUGGGCCCUAUUACCCAGACGGCAGCAGGUCAAGGGCAGGGACAAGCUGCGCAAGCUGCUUCUGCUUCUGACACCGGACCUUCCAGUCCGGUUUCUACAAGUAGAAAAAGAACGCGCUCUGGUGCCCCUCGCUUUGGAACAUUCAGGCCCCCUAGUCGUAUGUCUCCAACUGAAAAUAAGUAAAAUAAAAAUGGCGGUUUGGUGGAGCGAGUGUAGAUCGAUAUAAAAAUUGGGCAGAUGUAGAACGGGAAAGCGCUUGGUCUCGCUUUGCUUAUCAUUUUCCACAAUAGUGAAAGCUAGGUAACUCCCUAUGCGUCGGCAUACUUGCAAACGAUUGGAAUAUCUGGAGUGUCGAGGGAUCUAGGGUGAAAAGGGUAUUUUAUUG